UCUAAGCCCACUGGGAUCAGUGGACCAUCAAGUUUUUGUUUUUUCACCCCCUCCAGGUCUAAUUAAUUUCUUUCAGCCUUCAAGUAGUGUAUAUGAUUAUUGAGUUUUCUUUUGUAGCAAAAUAACUUAUAGUCAGGACAAGUCAUUUGGAAUUAUUAUCAUAUUUAUAAUUUUUUAUUUUAUUUUAUAAGAUUAUCUUAUUUUGUGUUAAUAAGCCAUUUUACAAUAAUGUGAAAGCCACUGCUAGGCUUUCUUUUCUUUUGUUUUUUCAUAUUUUGGUUAUAUGAAGAACUACUUCUGAUUUCCUUGUUUUUUUUUUAUUCAAAUUUUAUCCUAGUUGAUUUGCUUUUAUCUUAAUGGCCAAGUUAGUGGCACACUUCUAAAUGUCUUUGAUGUUACCUACCAAAUAAAAGGCCCGUGUAGGAAGACCAUCUAAUUCUUUGGAAAUGAUCAAUUGAAACCCUCUAAUUGUUUUUCCAGACCUAAAUAUUUCUCUAGAGAACCGGUAAAUGCUUCUGCUACAAAAAAGGUUGUGAUAAAAAAUGCUCAAUUUUUCCUGUUAAAUGAUCCUCUUUAGAUAAUUUGUUCGGAAAUUUACAAGGAUUAAAUUAAACUAUAGUGAGACCUACUAAUAUCCUCAUAACUAUAUUUCCUAUGAAUAUAUAAAGGUAUGUGAGAAAUCAAUCUCUGAUUAUGGUACUGGUCCAAACCCAUUUGUUGCUUCACAAUUAACAAGAGCCAAGAUGCUGGCCAGUGGCUAUUUUGUUCGGCCUUUUGAGGGGGGAGGGUCAACCAUUCACAUUGUUGAUCAUCUGGAUCUUGAGGCAUUGACUGCUCCUGAGGAGCUUCGGCCUCUUUAUGAAUCAUCCAAACUUGUCGCACAGAAGAUGACAGUUGCUGCACUGCAUUACAUUAGGAGAAUAGCUCGAGAAAGAAGUUGUGAGGUAGGACAUGGCAAGGAACCUCCCUUACGAACCUUCAGCCAAAGAUUGAGCAGGGGCUUCAAUGAUGCGGUCAGUGGAUUCAAUAAUGAUGGUUGGUCAUUGAUGAGCUAUGGUUCUGCUGAAGAUUUAGUAAUUUCUAUUAACACAACCAAGAAUUUUGGGACCAUUUCAUAUCCUGUUGAUCCUCAACCUCUAGUUGGAGGAAUCCUUUGUGUGAAAGCCUCCACACUACUCCCAGUGAGUUUUAAAAUAGAAAUUUAAGUAAUGCUGUCUGUAUUAUUAUAUUUUCCAUUUAUUUCCAUCGUAAUCAGGGAGGUAGU